GUGAAAGCUUAGCAGAGUCAUUUUUUUUUGUUUUGUUUUGUUUCGCAGAGCUGCUCUGUCUGCACAUUCUCUGAUUCUUUUUUACAGUUCUCAGUAAUUACACAGAAAUAUGUCCAGAGGAUGCAAUGCUGGAUUUGAUCGUCAUAUUACUAUCUUCUCCCCUGAAGGGCGUCUCUACCAAGUUGAAUAUGCCUUUAAAGCAAUAAACCAAGGUGGAAUGACUUCAGUAGCUGUAAGAGGAAAGGACUCUGCAGUCGUGGUGACUCAGAAGAAAGUUCCAGACAAGUUGCUGGACGCUAAUACUGUAACAAACCUCUUCUCCCUAACUGACAAGAUUGGCUGUGUUAUGACAGGAAUAACAGCUGACAGUCAAUCUCAGGUGCAGAGAGCUCGAUAUGAGGCAGCAGAAUGGAAAUACAAAUAUGGAUACGAUAUUCCAGUGGCUACACUAUGCAAACGUCUGGCAGAUAUUUCCCAAGUCUAUACCCAAAAUGCUGAAAUGAGACCACUUGGCUGUUGUAUGAGUUUAAUAGGUAUAGAUGAUGAGCUAGGUCCGCAGCUAUACAAGUGUGACCCUGCAGGGUACUUUUCUGGUUUUAAAGCAACCAGUGCUGGAGUAAAGCAAACAGAAGCCAACAGCUACCUGGAGAAGAAAAUGAAGAAAAAUCCUGACCUCUGCUACGGGAAUAUUUUAGAGAUGGCAAUUUGCUGCCUAUCAACUGUGCUUUCUGUGGACUUCAGGUCCAGUGAGAUUGAGGUAGGAGUAGUUUCAGCUGAAAAUCGAGGAUUCAGCUCAUUUCUGGCCCUUUUUUGUUUGGCUGAGCUCCACUUCAAUCAAUGCGUAGCCUGGCUUCACCUUCAACUCUGCACCUCAUGGCUUGUAGGAAUUCCUCUUCUAAUCUCAGUUCUGACACCAUGUCCCUCUUCAGGACCCUGAGUGAAUCAGAAAUUGAGGCAUGUUUGGUGGCCAUUUCUGAAAGAGAUUAAACAUUUACUCUUACUGAGAUAUCUGCAAAAAGACUGGAUUAAAGAUAUUUGGUGCUGGCUUGUUAAUUUUUCAUAUAAAAAAUAUUUUUGAAAUAUUUGAACUGAAAGCGUUAAUUUCUGAAUGUUCAGCAUGGUUUUCCUAAAAUUAAUUCUUAAGAUGUGUGGAUUUUAAUGAAAAUAUUGCUUUAUGUUAUUUAGUGAGUUGAUGAACACUAUGCAUUGUUAUAUAUAUAGCCUAGUUUGCUUGCAUUUGCAUUUUAAAAAGAAAGAUGGCUUUCAGUAUUUCUGUGGAAAUAACUAAAACUACUCUAGCUGAGUAAACUGUUUUGAAACAAUGA